AUGUCCAUCUUCGCCUGGGCCUCGCGCCGCGCAGGCGGCCUGGCCAUGCUGUCCCUACUGGCCCUGAGCUACUGGGUGAUCUCGAAAGAAUCAGCUGCUUCGGCACAUGGUUACAAUUAUCUGCAUCAAGACAGCCUUAGCGCCAUCACUUCGACGACCAAAGGCGCUGGCUACUGGACCGUCAUAUUCGCAUACUACUGCCUGUUUAUUCACGUCCUUGUCUUCGCCUUCCCUAUUCGAUGCUGCUACGCCGUCUUCGACAUGACCCGCAACAUGAAGAAGAUCGCCCGAAACAAGACCUUGAGAGAUUACAAGUUCUCUCAUCGUCGCCGUGGCUCCUCUACCUCUUUGUCUAGCUCCGAGACUCUGACAUCCCACGCCUGUUCUGCCUCUAGCAGCGAAGCUGGAGACACUGAACCUGAGCUGUAUACCGACGGGGAUGGCGAAUCCGAUCGCGUCAUUCACGCCAUCGUUAUUCCCAACUACAAGGAAGAAAUGGACACUCUCAAGGAGACUCUGGAGGUUUUGGCCUCGCACCCCCAGGCCCGCAGCUGCUACGAUGUCUACUUGGGAAUGGAGCAACGUGAAGCGAACGUCGAGCUCAAGGCGAUGACACUCAUCCAGGAAUUUGUCAAGAAGUUCCGUAGCAUCGACUACACCAUCCACCCGUCUGACAUUCCAGGAGAGUCUGCUGGCAAAGGAAGCAAUGUCGCUUGGGCUGCCCGCAAGUUGAGCCAAAAGUACUCAAUGACUGCUCGCAAAGACGUGAUUAUCACUGGUAUUGACGCCGACAGCCACCUUUCGGCCAACUAUUUCGCUCUACUCACUACCAUGCACCUGUCCUACCCCGAAACAGCAAAGACCACCUUGUACUCGGCGCCAAUCAUCUUCGACCGCAACGCGCAUGCUGUUCCCGCCAUCGUCCGUGUUGCCGACAUUCUCUGGGCCGCUGGUGGUAUGUCCGGAUUGUAUGGCGGCUCGACAAUCGCUCCUCCCACCUCCGUCUACUCUGUGCCACUUGAUUUGGUCGACCGUGUCGGCGGCUGGGACUGUGACAACGAAGCCAUCGGAGAGGAUCUGCACAUGUACUUGAAGUGCUUCUUUGCGCUCAACGGAAACUUGACCGUGAGGACCGUGCUCAGCCCCGUUAGCCAGAGCAACGUUUGCGGCAAUGGUUCUAAGGGCCUUCGUGGACUCUACUCCGACAUGCAAGCUCGGUACAAGCAGGCGAUGAGACACAUGUGGGGUGCUCUCGAUUCUGGAUACACUCUCCGCAAGGUUGUGGAACUCUGGCAGGAGCGUAAGCACACCUCUCGCGCCUUCCGCCCGUUACACACCUCCCUCGGUGACGCCUCAGACGUCUACGUUCCUGAGGCUCCUUUGGACCAGAACGACUCAGAGCAACCCCGCGAGAGCGGCAUUUUCUCAGACGUUACUCAUGACACCCUACAGGCCCCCAACUGGGAGCGCAUCGUCUAUCUUUUCCACCGCAUGUUCGAAGCGCACUUCUUGCCUCUGCAAAUGACCAUUCUUGUUAUCGCCUCGACUCUGUAUGUCUGGGUUACUGAAGGCAACGAGGAGGUUGCUCACCUCAACUGGAUUUUCGACAUCUGUAAUGUUUUGCGCACCCUCGGCUUCAUGGAGAUUGCCCUCUACUUGUUCUUGUACGAGGGCUUCCACCGCAUCUGCGUCAAGGCUCGCCAGCGUGAGAUGUCUGAGGCUGGUCUGUCCGACGGCAUGAACUUCUCGUACCGCUCUGUCAAGAAGAACUUCAUCGAUUACGCCAUGGUCCCCCUCGUCGCUCCUAUUUACGGAGCUAUCCCUUGCGCUCAGGCGCAACUGUGCCAUUUCUGGACCCUAGACCUGGUCUACUCAGUCAGCAAAAAGGCUACCCGACAGAGGGCGAAAUCGCUCACAGCAAACGACAUGGCGUAA